CGGCCCUACUUAAGGCGGCGGCGGGCGCGGGGCGGCUCUGUGAGAUGGCGGCUCCGCGCCGGCCGAGCGGCGGGGGGCUGCGGAGGGCCCCUCAGGACGGGAGGCUGGAGGAGAUCAACAAGGAAUUCCUCUGUGACCCGAAGUUCAGUGAUGAAGAAGACCUGGAGGAGAAGCUGGCAGUGUUCAAAGAGAAGUACAUGGAGUUUGACCUGAACAACCAAGGCGAGAUCGAUCUGAUGUCUGUCAAAAGGAUGAUGGAGAAGAUGGGGGCUCCGAAGACCCACCUAGAACUGAAGAAGAUGAUCUCUGAGGUGACCGGUGGGGUUAGCGAGACCAUCUCCUACCAGGACUUCGUCAACGUGAUGCUUGGCAAGCGCUCCGCUGUACUUAAGCUGGUUAUGAUGUUUGAAGGAAAAGCCAACGAAAGCAACCCAAAACCUUCUGGUCCACCUCCAGAGAGAGACAUAGCCAGCCUCCCUUGAAGAGAGCAGGCUGGGAAAUUGGCACUGUUUGCUUUGCUGGCCUGUAACAGAGGUUACCUGUGCUUUGGCACUCUUUACUGUGGACAGUCCUAGUUUUCAACUAACCUGCCUUAGAGGAACAGCAAGGGAAGCUGGAGACCCCAGCUUGGAUCUUUCUGCUGCAUCCCUUAGCUAACUUGAUUUGUUAGAAGCUGUAGCACCGAGUGUACUGUGAGACAAAAAAAAAUCUGAUCUUACUCUUCCCUCUGCCUUUCCUGCAUUUCUCACGUGAAAAGAAGCUACUCUCCUCCCAGCUUAUGGAUUCAGAGCUCUGCUUGUCACAACAGGUUCCUGAAGGGCCUUUCUGCUAGACAGAGUGCUUCCCUGGUGGAGCUCCUACAGCAGCUUCGUUGGUGCAAAGAAAUAAGUGCCUUCUCUGCUCUGUCAUGUGCUUCCUGACUUUGAUCUAGUUCUUCCCUCCUGACUUGAUCAAACCCAAGUCAGGCUCCCACCUCUGUAGCCUAGGUGCGUGCUGGGUGAACGUGGGGAGGCGCAUUGACACCAGAGGUCUGCCUGCAGGGGCUUUAAGCUUGGAAGUGGGCAUGGCUCACUGCACAGAAAGGCUUCUGUGUGCUCCCUGGGUUCACCCUGCAGCCAGAUCUUGGGGCUGAGCCAAGUGAGCUGUUUAAAACAACCACAAAAAAGACUAUUUUCCUGUGUCCCCUGCUCAGAUCCUAGUCCCAGAUCUCAGUGUCCCCAUCAGCCCUGGCAGUAAGUUCCACACAAUCAGCAUGUGAUGUCCUUGAUGUGCCUGGGUCCUCAACUUCUGGAAGACCUUUGUCUGCUGCUGAGGCUAGGAUGUUGUAAGGGAACAUUUCUUUAGCUGCUAAAUUCAGUGAGGACUUUUGUUUGGGCUUCACCUUGAACCAAAUGCAUUAUCACAGGUGCUUAGACUAGGGCCAAGGUGCCCUUCUGUUCUGGAGGCUUGUUUAUCAGGCCCUUCCACUGUAGUUUGCUGUAGGACAGGGUCAAACCUAAGCAGUCAGCAGGAACAAUGUCUGCAGAUAACCCUGCAGCCAAUAUCCUGCUGGCUUCUACCAGAAAUUAGAUUAGCAAUGGGCAGGAAUUGUCUUCAGGUAGUAGCUGUUUGAUUGCUGGCUACAAGGCAAAGACAAGAACCCUCCACAGGAUGCUAUAAACCAAAGGCUGACAGACUGGAGGAGUCUGUCAAUCCUGGUGGAUAAACCCAUGUGAAAACUGAGGUACUUGAAAGCUAAAGAAAUACGUUCUGCCAAGUCUCUUUUCAGCUGAGGAAAAGCCACUGACCCAUUUAGCCUUAGGUCUUUCCCCCUGCCCUUUUCUGGUUUGCUCUGCUUUUUCCUCUGGGACUUGUUGAUCAGCCAUAGCAAGAGAGGCAAACAGCAAGAUAAGUCACAGCCCUGGACUAAAAAGGGACAAACUGCAGCCAUAUCCUGGGGAGGGGAGCCCAACACCAGCAAGUGAGGAUGAUUAAAGCUAAUUCAGGGCCCUCUUCCUGACAAAUCUCUGCUUAGAUUAGACCAGAAGCAUAAUCUCUGAACAGGUAGUUGUCUGUCUUGUCCAUCAAGUGUAGAAACAAGCCUGCUGCUAUGCCUUUGCAGCCCCUCAAGAAGGCUUAGGGAGAAAUGGAAGCUUCAAGUGAAAGGACACUGGGUGACCAAACUGUGAGCCCUGCAAGCUUUUUCCAGACCAGUGAAGGAUGAGGAACUUUUUCAUGCAGCUGCUCUUUCUGAUUUUGCAGACUUCUCUGCAUGUGUUUCAGCUUGGUCCCGUAGGACUAUUGGGCACAUCUUCCUGAUACCCAAGACCUCAAGCUUGCAAAAUGAGUGUGGCUGUAAAUGCAGAGUAAGAGCUGGGACCAGGUGUAGCUGGGACUGUGCUAUCCACACUCUGGUUAUUGCAGUGAUUCUUGCUCUAUACACAACUUCUGGAAUCCAGAUGUUUGCUCUUUGCCCUUCCCCAUUUUUUUCUUAAAUGUUCUUGGCAGCUUUUAACUUUUUAAAAUCACAGUUUAAUAAAUUUUAAAGAAAAAUACAGAUGAUUAACUCUACUAGGCUUAUUGUUCCUGCCAAAGGCCGCACUUUUAUUUAAAAAAACAACAGCAACAAAAAAAAACAUUCUCACUGCUGUUUGCAUGAAAACCAAAACUGCAAUGGAGAGAGAAAAAUUGAAAGAGUAGCACCAGUCUACUUUAAAGACUGAAAAUAAAUCUUUUGAAGCUAUA